AUGGCGUCCCCGAAUUCCCUCCCAGCAUACAACGAGCUGUACCGACAGCCAGCCCGACCGAUGUCCCGAUCCGCGGUUUCACGCUCGGGUUCCAGACGGGUAUCUCCAUCAACCCAGGCUCUGCCCAAACAUUACUCUGGGGACAGCUCCGACGAAGAGGUACCCGAACCUAAAUUCAGCGCUUCUGUAAAAGCAUUGUUGCAUGGAGAUGGAUUAGGUUCUUCGCCUCAUUUGCAAAAGGCACACAUAUCGCACGAACCUCGAAUUGCAACAUCAAGAGAGCAAAGCCGCUCACCUCGGAAUUCGUCCCCACACGACUCAUCUAAUGGCAGCCCGGCUCCAAGAGUCGUUCGUAUAGGGGCUAUCUCGUCGGGUUCGCGAUUCUCACGCGAAAGCUCCCCACUAUCAAAUAGCCAGAGCGCAGAAUCAGAGCACCACCGCCGCCCCAAUGAUUUCAUCACUCCCGCACCACGCCAACGGAGUGUUCGCAUCAAUGUUUCGCGCAGCAACACACGAUCUCCUGCCUCCGUCUCGCCUUCAGGAAAGCGCUCGUCGGAACGCAACUCGGGCGAAGAGUAUGGCAGUGCAGAGCGCUCGGAUAGUGAUCGGAAAGCGCAAUAUGACGAUGAUCCAGCAUUACGGUAUGGCCUUUCUUCCGCAUUGCGGGGUCGGGGCGGCGAAGAAAACGCUCCACACAGUUCGCUGCGUGUCAAGAGGGUCGGUCGACUUGCUGGAACUUUCUUGAACGGUCCUGCCCGGAGGGGUGUGCUACGACGUCAGAGCGAAGAAAGCAACGAGGAACACCACCAAUAUCUCUCGGCUGACGGUGUCCGGGAGGACGUCGAAGGAGAGGAGGAGAAUGCCGAAUAUCGACCUAGCAAUCCAGCGAAACCUUCGUCACCGAAGGUGUCAUGGGCGGACCCAAGCCCACCUCUCGUGCGUGAAUCCAAUCGACGAGAAUAUCCUCUCCGCCCUGCUGAGGUUGAAGGACCGUUUUCGAGGUCAUCUUCGCCAAAAUCAUACGGUUCAAAGUCCACUCCCGCUUCAUCAGAAAUGUCUGACAAAUCCUCGAUUGCGAAGGAACAACCGGUAUUCAAGGUCCCUUCAAUACCGGCUUUGCCAUCGGUCCGUGACCAAGAGAAUGAACCACCACCAACUUUCCGCCGCGCAAAGCCCCAAGGGUUGAAUGUGUUGGAUAAACCUGAUAAGUAUAAUGUUGUUUACGAUACCGAGAAGAAAGACGCAGCGGAGACCCCAGCAACCAACUCUGCACGAAAGAUACUUGCCACACGGAGCAGCAACACACCCCAUAGGGCCGCUCCUCCUCCUCCGAAGAUGUCAGUUCUCGAGACAGCUACUUCCACAGGAGGCGCAUCGACAUCACAAUCACGAAAAAAGAAGAGCCAGGUCUCGAUUAAUGGCAAGCAUUUUACUCGGCUCGAUUGCAUUGGUCGAGGCGGCAGCUCGCGUGUCUAUCGAGUGAUGGCAGAGAAUUACAAGAUCUUCGCUCUCAAGCGUGUCAAUAUUGAAGAUGUCGAUCCAGUGACUUUGACUGGAUACAAGGGUGAAAUCGACUUAUUGAAAAAGUUGGAGAACGUGGACCGCGUGGUGCGCUUGUUUGACUGGGAGCUGAACAAUGACAAACAUGCUCUUAGUGUGCUUAUGGAGAUUGGAGAAUCCGAUCUUGAAAAGAUUCUCACAUUCCGUUUAAACGCUGAAGAUGCUGUUUUCGAUAUCAACUUUACCCGAUUUUAUUGGAAAGAGAUGCUCGAGUGUGUCCAAGCUGUCCACGAGUACAACAUCGUCCAUUCGGAUUUGAAACCGGCCAACUUCCUCAUGGUUCAAGGGCGGCUGAAACUUAUUGACUUUGGAAUUGCAAAUGCGAUCCAAGAUAAUACGGUCAACGUUCAUCGUGAACAGCAAGUCGGCACACCGAAUUACAUGUCCCCUGAAGCACUGGUCGAUUCCAACGUGUCCCUUGGUCUGCCUUCAAGUGUUGGAAAAAUUAUGAAAUUAGGAAAACCCAGCGAUGUCUGGAGUUUAGGUUGUAUUCUGUACAAGAUGGUCUACGGACAACCACCAUUCGCGAAGAUCGCCAAAUAUUACGAACGCAUCAUGGCUAUCCCCAACCCCCGUGUACAAAUCGAUUUCCCUGCUUUCGGCGUCGGUGGCGUUCCAGUGCCUCCUGGCCUUGUUCGGACUCUCAAGCGCUGUCUGCAGCGCGACCAGACUCUCAGACCGACUAUUGAGGAGAUGCUUGGCCCACGCGAUCCAUUCUUGCACCCUGAUGCCCAGCUUGAGGGUGCUGUCCCAGUCACCCAGGAUAUGCUUGGCCGUAUCCUGGCCAACGUCGUCAACCACUGCAAGGCCCGCGGUGUACCCAGAGAAGAGGAGCUGGCCGCAUGGCCUGCAGGCUUCUUUGCGAAAAUAAAAGCAGCCCUCGAAGAAGAAAACCCAUGA